ACGGACCACUUGGUAAGUCCUACUUGCAGGGAGCAGCACAAUGACAGGUGUGAUGCAACGAUGGGCAGCACUGCUGACAUUGGCAGUUACUGUAGGUGUGGUGGUGCCUGCCUGCAGACUCCAGGGUCAGGCAGUACCUCCAGGGUUAUCGGCAGAAGGGGACAUCAUGAUUGGUGGCGUGUUCUCCAUCCACAGAGGCACAGAAGAAAGAAUUCACUCAUAUACUUACAAACCACAAGCUCCAUCCUGCUUCAGUCUGAAUUACAGAGAAUUUCAAUUUGUCCAAGCAAUGUUAUUUGCCAUUGAGGAAAUAAACAACAGAACAGACCUCCUCCCAAAAGUAUCACUGGGUUACAAGAUAUAUGAUGCCUGCGGCUCAAUCCUUUUGGCUAUUCAGUCAGCGAUGGCUCUGAUAAACGGCUAUGAGGAAAGCGUGACUGAUGCAUCCUGCUCCAGACCUGCAGUUGUCCAGGCCAUCAUAGGGGAGUCUGGGUCUUCCCGAACAAUUGCUCUCUCAUCAGUAGUUGGACCUUUUUCCCUUCCAUUGAUCAGCCAUUUUGCCACCUGUGCCUGCCUUAGCAACAGACAAAAAUACCCAUCUUUCUUCAGGACCAUUCCCAGUGACUACUAUCAGAGCAGAGCACUGGUCCAGCUGGUUAAGUACUUUGGCUGGACGUGGGUGGGAGCUGUCAGGAGUGACAAUGACUAUGGAAACAGUGGAAUGGCCACUUUUAUCGAGGGGGCUGAACGAGAGGGAAUCUGUAUUGAUUAUUCUGUGGCUGUUUUCAGGACAGAUCCCAGAGAAAAAAUACUCAAGGCAAUGGAAGCAAUUAGAAAAGGAACUGCGAAGGUGAUAGUAGCUUUCGUGUCUCUUGGAGAUAUAUUCCCACUGCUCCAGGAGCUGGCUCUUCACAAUGUAACAGGUAUCCAGUGGGUGGGCACGGAGUCUUGGAUCACGGCCAGUAACCUGGUACAGAAAACAGAAUUUAAAUUCCUUAAGGGAUCUCUUGGGUUUGCAGUAGGCACAAACAAGUUAGAAGGAUUGCAGGAGUUUCUGAUAAAGGUCCAUCCAAAAAAGGAGGCAGGAAAUGCUCUUCUGAAGGAAUUUUGGGAGACAGCUUUCAGCUGCUCUUUUGAGAGCAGCAGUAAUGUGGUUAAUACAACUUUCUGUACUGGGUAUGAGACCUUGAGUGACCUGAAAAACUCAUAUACGGAUGUAUCUGAUCUUAGAAUAUCCAGCAAAAUAUAUGCAGCAGUUUAUGCAGUUGCACAUGCUCUGCACAAUAUCCUGGAAGACAAUGUUGGUCGCUCCAUCAUCAACAGCAGCUAUGGACCCCAAUUCAGACCACUGGAGCCAACUUUUUUAAUGCAGGUGUUUGCCUACUUGGAAAAGGUAAAUUUCACAACCAAAUAUGGUGAGCAGGUGUCCUUUGACAUUAAUGGAGAUCCAAUAGCAAGAUAUGAACUGGUAAACUGGCACCUCACUGAUGCAGGAACCAUGACGUUAAAGACAGUUGGACUGUAUGAUGCGUCUUUGCCUUCAAAUAAGAAGUUUGCCCUAGAUCAAGGGAAUAUAGUUUGGGCUGGAGGACAAUCGCAGAAGCCCGGAUCAAAGUGCAGUGAGAGCUGUCCCCCAGGAACCCGCAAGGCCGUGCAGAGAGGGAAGCCUGUCUGCUGCUACGACUGUGUACCCUGUGCUGAUGGGACAGUCAGCAAUGCUACAGAUUCCAAUGACUGCAUUCCUUGUGAUCUGGAAUUUUGGUCAAAUGAAUAUAGAAACAGAUGCAUAUUAAAGACAGUUGAAUUUCUAUCCUUUGAUGAAACUAUGGCAAUAGUGCUCAUAAUUUUCUCAGUUUUUGGGGCAUGUAUAACCAUAAUUGUAGCUGCUGUGUUCUUCAUACACAAGGACACACCCAUCGUCAAAGCCAACAACUCUGAGCUGAGCUUCCUGCUGCUCUUUUCCCUGACCCUCUGUUUCCUCUGCUCACUCACUUUCAUCGGCCGACCCUCUCACUGGUCCUGUAUGCUGCGCCACACGGCGUUUGGGAUCACCUUUGUCCUCUGCAUCUCUUGUGUUCUGGGGAAAACAAUAGUGGUGUUAAUGGCCUUCAGGGCUACACUCCCAGGCAGUAAUGUCAUGAAAUGGUUUGGACCUUCUCAGCAGAGGCUCAGUGUCCUUGUAUUCACUCUCAUACAGGUGCUAAUUUGUGUGCUCUGGUUAACAUUAUCCCCUCCUUUCCCCAACAAGAACACGAAGUACUACAAAGACAAGAUCAUUCUAGAGUGUGAUGUGGGGUCAGCAGUGAGCUUCUGGGCUGUGCUGGGGUACAUUGGUCUCCUCUCUGCCCUGUGCUUUGUACUGGCUUUUCUGGCCAGGAAGCUGCCUGACAACUUCAAUGAAGCCAAAUUCAUCACCUUCAGCAUGCUCAUAUUCACUGCUGUCUGGAUCACCUUUAUCCCAACUUAUGUCAGCUCACCUGGGAAGUUCACUGUGGCCGUCGAGAUAUUUGCCAUUUUAGCUUCCACUUACGGCCUUCUUUUCUGCAUUUUUGUUCCCAAAUGUUACAUCAUUCUGUUAAAGCCUGAAUUAAACUCACGAAAAAGCUUGAUGGGUAAAAUACCCACCAAGUCGCUAUAAAAAUAAAUCCUAAUUGCAAGUUACACAUUCACACAUUCCAGCCAUUCAUUUCUUUACUGACGAGUACAUCACCACAGUAUACUCCUCCACCAGCUAGUUUUACUUAAUUACAUAAUAGCAAAUGGCAAUUAUAUCACAGGAAACUAAAGACACUGUAAAAUCUAUGUUCAAAAUCUUUUUAAAGACUGAAGCCUUGUAUAUGAAUUAUUUGUCUCCCAAUGAGUCCCUGAGUGUGAUCUUGCU